AUGGAGGAAAAUAUCGUCUUCGGUCGGUUUGAACAGAUACUUCGGUCCCGCUGGAACUUAGCAAGCCAUAGAUUGGCAGUUCUUUAUGUACAACCACCAGCAGCCUAUUGCCAGCAAUGUGCUACGCAACCGAAACUUGGCCUUAACAACAAGACAAUCGCCAAGGCCAUGCAAACUGCUCAGCGUGCAUUAGAAAGGAAAUCCGUAAUAAGAACUCAGCAGGUCUAUAAGCAG